AUGGCAAUGUCCUUUUGUGCUGGGGCGCUGCGCCUCUCCCGGGCAGCCCGGCCGAUUUUGCUGAGGACAACCGCUGGCCUGACACGGUCCGUGCACACCGCUCCCCGGCCGUCCGCCGCCUCCUUCUCCGUCACCUCCAACAGCAAUGAUGACCACCACCAUCACCUUAAGCUGGGACUGGAGGAGGAGCAUGAGGAGGAGGUGCAUAACAUGUUCCUGAAGAACCCAGAUUAAUUUGGCUUCAGUGAUGACCCCGAAGCUGACCUGUGGAACGCACGCGCAGUCUUCUUCACUAGCGUGACUCUUUGACUGGUGUUUGGAUCCGUAGUCGUUUAUUACCUUCCAGAUCCAAAGAUGGAUCGUUGGGCUGUGAAAGAGGCCGAGCGUCUGAAAAAAAUUAAGAGAAGCCCACGGUCCCCCCUCAUGACUGAAAACUACUACGAUCCGGACAGUUUGGUGCUACCAGAUGAUGGUGAAGAGUGACCUCCCGCUGUGUUCUUGUGCUGCAAUAAA